CCUCAAUUUACAGUCGGUCUCAAAUCGAAUAACGUACAAUAAAUGCACUUAAUUGGAAUACAACGGUUCUCGUCUCCCAUAGUUCUAUUCCUUUUGUUAUUUUUCAACCUUAAAUAGUUUCUGUGCCCUCUGACAAUGAAGCCGGUAAUUAUGACCAUUAUUGGUCAACUAGUUAAUGAGACAUAAUCGGUUGAAAUCUGUCUCUUAGGUGCAGUAGUCGUUUAAUCGAGAAAGAAACAGUGUGACAUAAGAUCGGGGUUUUACGUGUUGUGGUAGUUACGUGUGAAAAACAAAGUUUAUUCAAUUAAAAAUACGCAAUUUUGUGUUAUCUAAAUGUUAAAUUACCAUAAUAUAUAAAUAUUAUGAUUAAUAUUCAUGUACGAAAUAAACAAAUGACACUUAAAGUGUUGACAGUGCUAUGGUCAGUAGUGAGUAGUAUUGCAAGUGCGACUGAAAAUGACUUUAUUAGUUCCCCAACAACUGUAAAAGCCAGAGAAAAUAAUACAGUUCUACUCCCAUGUUAUUUGAAUACGUUAUCAAAUGAUGGAGCCCAUGCGACAGCAGUGAAAUGGUUCAAGAGUGAGGAUCUUCUGGCAGACAGUGAUAACGAAACAGUGGCGUUACCCCUGAGAUAUACUUUGUGGGACAAUGGUUCCCUGGAAAUCCAGAAAGUAGAACCAUCCGAUACGGGAGAGUACGUGUGCGAAAUAUCUAGACCGGAUCCAUGGGGGGUUGUCAGGCAAAGACAUGCAAUUGAAGUUUUACAUUCACCCUCUGUGGAACCAUUCCCAAUAACAGGAUUUCUACAAGUAAAGCUAGGGGAAGAAGUGCGAAUGUCCUGUAGGGCUAGCGGAGUACCAUAUCCCAUAAUAACAUGGACAAGCAAGGGUGAGGAACUGAAAUUACUGGAUCACAGGGAACUUCUCGUUUUCACAGCUUCCGAUAGAUAUUUAGCAGGAAUUUACGAAUGCAUAGCUGCAAAUGGUGUUGGCGAACCUGCUAAAGCAACCAUUGAGUUAAGCAUAAUAUACCCUCCAGAGCAAUUGGUAUCUCGUUCAUGGAUUCACACGGCACCAGGUCAUAGAGCUCAAUUGGAAUGUCGAGUGUCGGCUGACCCACAAGCAGCAGUAACUUGGUUGAAAGGAGAGACAAUAGUGCCCUUGGACAGCAGAUUGGUAUCCAUUAUAGAUGGAGAUAAAUAUACGUUGCUUAUAAGAAACGUACAAAAAAGCGAUUUUGGUAUCUAUACUUGCCGAGCUAUUAAUGAACUCGGACAAUCAGACAUUCAAAUUCAAUUGUCCGGUGUACCAAAUCCAGGAGUUUUCAAAAAAACCUCGGAAAACAACAAAAACUCCAAUCGCAACACUUACACAUUAAUUUGGGAAGUUGAUAGCUACACACCAAUUAUUGAAUAUUCCUUAUGGUUCAGACCAUAUAAAACAAGCCGCGGAUUGAACAGACCUGAAUGGACCAAGCUGACGAUUCCAGCCCAACAUAGUUCGGGGACAGUAUAUUCUAAAAGUUAUAACUUAGGUGGCUUAAAGGAAAAAACCAUUUAUGAAGUGCUUCUGGUGUCGAGGAAUAGAUAUGGAUGGUCUAAGCCAAGUCCUAUAUUGAGGUUUGCCACAGCAGGAGCAGAAUUAAAUGAAGAAAUGAUUACAACCGUGCAGAUCAGUGCAGAGGACAAUGCGAUUCCUUUGGAUUUCAAAAUUUCGUCCAGCAAAUCUUCAGAACCUUUUUGUAUAGCAAUUUUUGUUGUUACGUUCCUAAUAAAUUUUAUCUAGUAAUACGCGUCUAA